AUUCUACAAGUCUUCAUACCUUAUACAAAAUGAGUCUUGACCUCGAUGAUCCAUUAGCCGGUAUUUUAAGUGAUGGUAGUGAUGAUAGCUUCUUUGACGAUGAUAUUAUGGGAAAGAAAAAACUAAGUAAGAAAAAAGAUACAGUAACUGUUGAUAAAAAGAAAGCUUUGUUUGAUCUCGACGGUAUACAGGCCACUAAAACGGCCAAAAAUCUUUCUAAUGAAGUGAAAGAUAUUUUUGAACCUUCAAAUAAGGAUAAAGAAAUAAAUUUGGCAUCACGAAAACCUUCUUUUAAAAUAGAUAACAACAGCAAAACGAUUUCGUCCCCAGCACCGAUGAAACGAACAUUUUCAAAAGAUUCUAUCCCUCAAACUAAAGAUUAUAGCAAUCCUGACAAUUUUGCUAGGUCUCCAAGUAAAACAAAAAUAACUGGUAAAAGUGUUGAGAAGUUAGAUUUAUUGGACGACUUGCUAGAAGACAAGAAAUCUAUAAAAACAGAAAAAGGCAAAAGUUCUCAGUCACUUCUUGACGAUAUUUUGGGUGGACCUUCUUUAAAAUCAUCAGGAAUUAAUCAACAAAAGCAAACUACUUCUGUUAAGAAUUCAGAUGUGGAUUUUGAUUCGUUGUUGGGAAAAACCGAAUCAAAACAAACCUCCAAUAAUACUUCUAAACAUUCGACGUCCCAGAAAAAAGAAAUCAAGGAUGUUGAAAAUACCAAACUCAAACAAGUAAAACCAAAAAGUUCUACUGAUGACUGGCUUGGAAUUUUUAAAGAUAAAGAUGAAGCGGUCGAUGAAGAUGAAGCUGAUAUGCCUUCUUGGUUGACUGGAGGUGUAAAGAAGAAAAAGACAGAUCAGAAACCUAAACCAGCGGUUGAAUCAACCGAAGAAACAAAAGUACCAGAAACUGAAACACCUACAAUUCAAAAAGAGGAAUAUGUAUCUAAAGAUAGAAAAUUAGAAGAACUUGUAAAGCCUGAACAAAAGUCUACGUUAGAGAUUACAAAUGAUGACGUAACACUAGAAGGAGCUGCUUUAUGUUUGCAACAGCAGGAGGCACAGUUAAUGGUAGCACUACAACUAAAGGCACAGGAUGAUAAACUAGCAGCUAUGCAAGAGCGGCAGAAGGAAACUCAACGUGUUCAACGGGAAACAACAAUGGCUCAUCACGAACAAUUAGACGCGAUGUUACGCCGACAAGCCGAACAUAGGCAACAGAUGCAAGCAAUUAUAGCUUCACACCAGGAUAGAAUUAACCAGAGAAUAAAGGCUCUAUUAAUAAAUUCUAACGACAACGAUGCUACAGUCAAUGAAGAAAUUGAAACAGGUGAUGGAAGCAAAGAAAGUCCUUAUACGAGAGAAAAGAAACAGUUGUUGCAAUUAGUACAAUCGCUGCAAGAGAAUCAUGAUAAGGAAAUUGAUCUAAUGGAAACGUCGUACAGACGUCAAUUAGAUUUUCUAGAACUAUCAUAUACUCAAGCUGAAGAACGAAUGAAAGAAGAAACUGAGAAAUUGGUGAAAUUCUACUCGGAAAAGAUAAGUUGGUUAGACGAACACCACCAGCUGUAUAAGAAAAUGGCGGAAGAUAAUUUGCACGAAUUAACAGAAAGACAUAAAGCAGAAAAUGAUAUGCUGAGGCAGCAACAUUUGGAUAAUGUGAAGGUUUUGCAAGAACAUCAUGCAGCACUUAUGGAAAAUAUAAGAAAUGCAGUAAAACAAGAACAAGUCCUUAUAAAAGAUUCGGCAGGAUUCUCGUCAGACUUACAAACUCUUGUUACUGAUGUCAAAGAAAACAAUAUAAAAUGUGAACAGUUGUAUGGUAAAGUGGAAACAUUGGUACAGGAGUCUCAACAUGAAGCAGUGAAGAGUUUGCAAAUAAGGGAGAAGCAGAUAAAUGAUAUCAUAGAACAAUUAAAGAAAGAUCGAGAAGAUUUUGAACGCGAUAAAGCAGAGAGUAAGGAUAUUGUUAAAAUGCUUGAAUCAAGGCUUCGGCAGAUGACAACGAUGAUGGAGGAAGAAACGGCAUCGUUGCGACAAAAGAAGAUGGAGUUUGAAUUUGAGAAGGCGACUUUCAGUAAACAAACGGAGUUUGCUAAAAACGUGCUCAAAAAGCAGGAUGAAGAAUUAAAGCUGCAAAAGGAAGAAAUUCAAAAGGAAUAUCAAGAUAAAUUGGCACGAAUCGAAGAAGAAAAAGCGAAAGCUCUAAAGGAUUCUGCGUUAGUCGCCAAAGAAAAGGCGUCGAUACAAAGUCUGAAGUUGGAAAUUGAGAAAACGAAAGCUGAGUUAGAUGCACACCUUCAAGAAGUAACAGAAGAGAGAUCGAAACUAAACGCUGAAAAACAAGAGCUGCAUAUUGAAGAACAAAGAAUAAUGGCAAAGAGUCGCGACUUAGACCUCCUCGCAAAAUCGGCAAUCGAGAAACAAUCGCAAGCUGAAAAAAAAUCAUCCGAAGCAAAUUUCAUACAGCAGAAGUACGAAGACAGAAUUCGCAGAAUACAAGAACACGUAGUAUCUUUGAAUAUGAGGGAGAAACAAAUAGCAAAGGAAAAAGUCGCUUUGUCCAGAGAAAGAUUGACUUUACAUAAUGAGAGGAAGGAAUUGGAAAAUAAACAGUGUUCCUUGUGUCGUGGAACGAAUCAGACGAACUUGCCUGAACCCAUAAUGCCAAUAAUCCAUGCGAAUAGAGAUUAUAAUGUGCCAAGUGAUUACAGGCGAACGUAUGGCAAUUUGAACUCUAAUAUAAAUGACAUAGAGAUGGAAGUGUCGCAAUUGAUGGGAAGACCGUUUUUAGAACAGAGAGAAUUUACACAGGACAAUGUUGAUAAUGUUGGACAAGAAAAUCAGAACCAGGAUUCUGGUCGUUUUAAGAGUUAUAUGGAUCCUAAAUUUAUGAUGUUGCGGUUAGAUGUGCAAAGGGUCAUCAAUAAUUUGGAUCGAAAUAAGAAAAAUGACGCUGAACAUGCGGAAGAAGAAAACCACUAA